UGUCACUGCCGAGGGAGUGAUAAGCAAACAGGAACUUGUUGUGCUCUGACACACGGCUAGGUAAACGAAACAAGACUGGCGGAGAUCACGGCUUGAGUCUCUUGUGUUUUUCAUUCUCACAGGACUCUGCAUGGAGCCGACUAAUCUACAGAAAGCCAUCGCUGUGGCACAGAAGGCCUCGGAGGAAGACCAGGCUGGAAACUAUGAGGAGGCCAUCCGCUCCUACCAACAUGCUGUCAAGUACUUUCUGCACAUUUUAAAACGUGAACCUCAGGGUAAAGAUGGCAACCAGAAGAUCAGAGAUAAAUGUAAACAGUACCUGGACAGAGUGGAGGAACUACAGCAGUACCUAGACUAUAAACAGAAAGCCAUCGAUCUUGCCAGCAAGGCGGCUCAGGAGGAUAAAGCUCAGAAAUACGAUGAGGCUCUGCGUCUUUACCAGGCUGCUGUUCAGUACUUCCUCCAUGUGGUGAAAUAUGAAGCCCAGAGUGACAAAGCUAAACAGAGCAUCAGGGCGAAAUGUGCUGAAUACCUGGACAGAGCAGAGAAGUUGAAGGAGUAUCUAAAGAAGAAAGAGAGUGCUCCUCCCGCCAAGCCUGUCAAAGAGUCAGGGUCUGAUGACAAAGGGAAUGAAAGCGAUGAAGGUGAUGAUCCAGAGAAAAAGAAGUUCCAAAAUCAACUCUCAGGUGCAAUUGUUAUGGAGAAACCAAACAUCAAAUGGAGCGAUGUUGCUGGUUUAGAGGGAGCCAAGGAGGCGCUGAAAGAAGCUGUUAUUCUUCCAAUCAAAUUUCCCCACCUUUUCACAGGAAAGAGGACUCCAUGGAGAGGGAUCUUGCUCUUUGGGCCUCCAGGUACAGGAAAGUCAUAUCUGGCUAAAGCUGUUGCCACAGAGGCAAACAACUCAACCUUCUUUUCCAUCUCCUCGUCUGACCUUGUCUCCAAAUGGCUGGGAGAGAGUGAAAAGUUGGUGAAGAAUCUUUUUACCCUCGCAAGGGAGCACAAGCCUUCGAUCAUCUUCAUUGAUGAGAUCGACUCACUGUGCGGCUCAAGAAGUGAGAACGAAAGUGAGGCUGCUCGCCGUAUAAAGACAGAGUUCCUGGUUCAGAUGCAGGGUGUGGGUAACGACAAUGAGGGAGUCCUUGUACUCGGGGCAACAAACAUCCCAUGGACCCUAGACUCAGCCAUCAGGAGAAGAUUUGAGAAGAGGAUCUACAUUCCGCUGCCUGAAGAGCACGCCCGCUCCUUCAUGUUCAAGCUCCACCUGGGCUCGACACCCAACAGUCUCACUGAGAGUGACUUUGUCGCUCUGGGCAAGAAGACGGAUGGAUACUCAGGAGCAGAUAUCAGCAUCAUUGUCAGAGACGCUCUAAUGCAGCCUGUUCGAAAGGUCCAGUCAGCAACCCACUUCAAACGGGUACGAGGUGCAUCACCAACUGACCCCAACACGAUUGUAAAUGACCUCUUGACUCCUUGCUCACCUGGCGACCCCAACGCAAUUGAAAUGACAUGGAUGGAUGUCCCUGGGGAGAAGCUAUUGGAACCUGUAGUCUGCAUGUCUGACAUGUUGAGGUCUCAGGCCAACACAAAGCCAACAGUCAAUGAACAGGAUCUGGAGAAACUGAAAAAAUUCACAGAAGACUUUGGACAGGAAGGCUAGGUGGGAUUAUUGAGCCAAGCCAAACCAAAGCAAAGGAAUUGUGAUUGUCUCUUUGUACUGUCCUUGUCCCUUUCUCUCUCUCUGUCUCUCUCAUCGUAACCAUUCACCAGGCUUUGUGGUUUUCACAAGUGGACAAAAUUACUGCUCUAUUUUGCCAAUUUGAUGACCACACAGAGGUGAGAGGAUCUGGUUUUAUUUGAUAUUAACCACUGUCCAAAGAAGAUUAAAGACCUCCCAACUGCAACUGACCUGACAAACGAGUUAAUACAACAUUGGGAAUUAAAGGGUUGUUUGAUUUAUGCACUAAAAACUAAUGGUAUUGAGGAGCAGAACCCCCAACAACUUAGGGAAGCUAAUGGUAGACAUACACAACAGUUAUUCCAAAUAAGGCUUUUGAAAUCAAGAUAAAUUAUUUUAAAUUGGGACUGGCGCUUGUGUCCUUAUUUUCCAGUCAGAAUGCAUCUUGCAAAACUAAUAAAUAACCCUAAUGUAUUUUCAAUUUUAUAUUAAGAAAAAACAAGCAUUUUAUAGUGUAUAAUGUACUUUGUGGAAUGUACAAAUUUUGGGCUGGGGGAGUGAAGUGAAGACAUGAGCGUAUAGGAUUUGUUGCGGUGAAAUAUGUCGUCUCAUGGUGGUGGAUGUUUAAGAGUUCUGAGACAGAGAUACUCAGGAUGACAGUUGCAUAAGGCCCAUGGAAACUUUGGAUUGUUUAUCCAGUUUCCUAACAAAGGACAGUUGUGUUUGUUUACUCAUUUGUCAUUGAAAUUAAACACAGCUAUAAGGGUGGAUCACCAAUGGUGCCAGACCAGCAUUAUUUUACCAAUUUUCAAGGACUCAGUAGCUUUGAGUUGCUUUGUCGCUCCGCUCAUGGGUUUUUCACAAUGUACUGUACAUAUUUUUUAAUACUAUCCACAGGCUUUGCUGGUUAUCCUUAAUAUAAACUGAAAAAGAACAUGCCUUAUGUUAAGAUAAAGUCACCUAAUGAAUUUUUAUAAAACAAGACUGAGUUGAACACUGAUGGCUCAGAUGGAGGAAUCAUCUUCUUGUAUACCUAACAAUAUAGGAAUGCAUUCCCAAGCAUGAACUAUAUGUAGCCAUGACGGGCAGUGUGUGCACCAUGUGCCUUCUAGAAAAGCUGCAAGCUUCUUUUUUUAUUGGUUUAUUUCUAAAUUGGUCAUACUACUUAUAUAUCCAGUGCUUUGUCACUACAACUAAGAAAUGUAUAUUACUUUCACGUGUCAUGUAAGCUCUUGUAUACAGCUGUGUUACUUUGCUCCUAAGGUGUGCAAACUGUCUCUUUUGAGUUUUGUCGGGGAACAUCUCUUUAUUUUAUUGUAAAUGUCUAUACAUAUAGCCAACUCUUGAGCCUUUUUCUUUGUAAAGAGGUCACCCAUGCAUAAGAUUUUCUUUUUUUUUGUUUCCAUAAUGUAAAUAAAUAAAAGUUAUAGCUACAUCGAGAACA